GACUAUCUAUAGGUAUAGAGAGCACAAGAGACCAGAUAUUGCAAAGAAGAGAGAUGGUGCUCAUGACAGUAACCACACAUUGAGAGAGAUAGUACUUCCAUAAACCUCUCAACAUAAAUAUAGCAGUCAUUCUCCAGUCAGCACAGUCCGAAUUCUAUUCUAGAAGAGUGUAGUAGAAAAUGGUCAUUUAAUUUCAUAACUAAAUAAAAAAUAACGCUUUGUAAUAAUUUUCUGUGCAGAAAAUUUUAGUUGGAUUUCUAUUGUUAGGUUGAUGGAUGUGCUGGUGAGACCGGCUGAUGUUGCGGCAUUGGGUGGCGGCCUGUCUCGUGUCCGGUAAACCUGAACGUGUAGGCCUGCUGGUGGCAUGGACCAGCAAUUCUGUCAGUCGACUGCUGCAGUUGUCACUGAACUACGCAACAACUCCACCCCCCUGCACCCUUCCUCCUCACCCUCGCCACCCUCCGAGUCCUCCUCCUCCACGUCGUCCACCUCCUCCUCCUCCUGCAACAAUGACUCGCUGCUCAGAAACAAACAGCGCAGCACUCUCAACUACCAGAUUAUGAAGGCCAGUGAGCUGGCGUCAAGCGGCAGUGUUUCUGUUUUCUACAAGCCCGCCGGUCUGCAGCCUGAGUUGGUUCCCAUUCUGCCCAACAAGUCGGGUGCAACGAAUAACAGUAGCGUAGAGGAUCAGAAAGCACCUCAACAGAUCGGUGUCGAUAACAGCAAAGCAGUCACCACCACUCCAAACAGACCGGCAGUCAGCCACGUCUCAAAUACUCAACCAACUCCUAACGCCACCUCUACCUCAGCUGGCAAAAAUCAAACUGACAUCACGGAAGAGCCAUCUUUGCAAGCAAGACUCGAACAAAAAAAAUCGUUGACAGUGACACCAGUCAAUAAACCUGCACAACCGAAGACAUCUGUACAGUCAAAGACACCUGUACAGCCAAAGACACCUGUACAGCCAAAGACACCUGUACAGCCGAAGACACCUGUACAGCCAAAGACACCUGUGCAAGGGAGCCAGCAGCAACAGAAAUUGGUGCGUUCACCUGUACAGGCCAAAUCACCGCAAUCGCCCAACCAGAAGCCGAUUCAGGCCCAACAAGGGAAAACACCCACUGGACAACAACAAGUGAAACUUCCCCCUUUACAACAACAACAGAAAGGUCCCAUACCUCAACAACAGAAAAUUGCCAUAGGUCAACAACAAGUGAAAGGCGCCAUCGCUCAGCAACAGGGAAAAGUUCAACAACAACCAGGAAAAAGUCCAGUUGUUCAACAGCAAGGCAAACAAAUUGUACAACAGGGAAAGUCGAGUUCAGCCUCCAAUGUGAAACAGAACGUCACUCAAAUUCAAUCUGUGAAAAACUUGGUACAAUCGGCCAAACCGGUCCUUACGCCAGUGCAGGCUAAAAAACUGUUAACCGUGAAUUUCCAACAAUUCACCGGUAAACAACAAAUCCCGCCCCAAGCUGUUCAAGGUAAGGCUGUGUCCCAGCAACAGGCGACAUCUCCUGUCAAAGUAAAUCAGAAGCAGUCACUUAAUCAGUUCCGUGUGCAGUCUGUGAACAAGCCGCAGCCAAGUGCCGCCAAGCAGUUGCCGUUCGCUGCCACCAAUGCGCCGUUGAAGACUGCGCUGUUCCAAGCGACGCCUGCAGGCAGCUCUCCUCAGCUGCAGAAAUCUGUACAGCAGCAGCAGCAGCAAAUCAAAACCAACGUGCAGACUGCUGCCUCCACGUUCAAUGUCACCUCGAAACGGCCCAACACGUCACCCAGUAAUUCUGCGUCACCGGCUAAAAGGACGACACUGUUGCAAGACCUAGAACGCAGUCUCUUAGCUGCACCGAAUACCUCGUCGCUUGCCGAACGGUGUCGAAAAUCGUAUCCGAGCACUAAGAAAAAAACAAAAGUUGUACCGUUGUCUGACGCUGAUGUAAAAUUCAAGCUGCCGUCUCAAGUUGCCGUGCAGCCCGUGAAACAGCUGAAUCAGCUGAACAAUCAGCAGGUGAAACAAGUUUACCAGCUGAAACAGUCGGCAACUGGUGUCACUCCCCUUCCCCCCCUCGCUGCUACUCUCCUGCCAGCUAACUUGAGCCAGGCGAUCACUCUGAUAACCAAUCAGCAGAAUAAGGUGGCCACUGUCUCCACUAGUCAAACACCGCAAUCUACCAUCACUUCUGUAGAAAAACAAAUCAAUCUACCGCUGCAGGAAAUCAACCAAACUUAUAAAAUCAUCCUAGUCGGUGGCAACCAGAACUGGGAGUUUGUGAUGGACGGAUCUGCCACUCAGAUGGCAGAAAGGCUCUCAAAAGUAGCAGGGUGUAGUGAGCAAAUCGGAAGAACCAUCACAGAAAAAAUUCAUGAAGGAUUAGGGGCAAAUCACCUGCAAACAAUACAAGAAGCGGACAGCAAGACGGGGGGAGAGGGAGGAGUGCAGCAGCCACCAAUGGAGAGAGAGGAGGAGAGUGGGGAGGCUUCCUCCCAAGAUAGUUCACCUUCACCAUCCAAACCUGAAUCGGGGAUUUUUGGGGAAGCAAAAUGGGCACUCUGUCACAAUUGUGGCUUCUCUUCGCCCACCCACGACAUCUGCACAAAGUGCAAAACCAAAUUGCCAUCUGACGUCAAGUCGGUCUGCUUCAGUCCAGUCGCUGUCAAAUUGGCUGAACUGCAAUCGAACAUAGCUGUGAAAAGGUCCAAUGAGGUGGCAGUAGCUGUAGCCGAUAGUCCAAAGAAAAGGCCGAGAGCUAAUAAGAAGAAGAAGGUAGAGGAACCAGUCUGUCUGACAAUAUCGUCGGACGACGAGGACGGAAACGACUCCAAGUGUAACAAUUUCAAAUUAGCGACCGCGCUGCGCGGAAACGGGUGCGCAGUGGACGAGGCGGCAGCCAAUCAGGACCCAGCGAUCACACAGUCGGCCAUGCUCAAAGAGCCGGUCAUAACCGACGAACUAGAGAAAGAUGGCGAAUAUCACGACCCGGCCGAUCCCAACGAUAUCGGUGCGAUCAAAGGCGAUUUUGACAGUUUUCUGAACAGCAGUGAGGAUUCGGAUUCAAAAUGGCCGGUGUCUCUGGACUGUCGAACGGUUCGAAUUGGAUCUCACAAAGUAGUGCCCAACGAUAAUGUCUACAUAUCUUUGCGUGGCAUUUUCAUCAAUAUACCUGCUAUUGCGUACGAGAGUGUCAAAAUAGCAAUACCAUGGGAGAGCAUUGUAAAAAUAUUAGCUCACUUUGGCAAAGGAAUGCCAGUACUAUUUAUCUACACCACGGCUCCGAUGGGAGCGAAAAUUAGAAAAAUGCUGGGAAUGACUGAUAGAAAUAAUUGUCCUUACUAUGACCCAGCCAGUACAAAUGAAUCGCAGAGGAGAAUUACUCUUCUACCUGAAAAUAUAUCGCUUGAAUGUAACAAUUUACUCAAGAAACUGUUUGGAAAUCUUGAAAGGACUGAAUACGAAGAACUCAGCACGAGUGAAGCCAAUGACAUCCUCGUUCGAGCAUCUCCAAAGAGGUACAAAAUCAGCUUCAAAAAACAGUUGUCGCUCCUCCUACGCCUAGAUUACCCAACGAUAUUCAAACGUAAAAUCAUGGUGUAUCCCCCUCCACCGGCGAAAGGAGGGAUCCCCAUUAAUACAGAAGACUAUGCCUGUCUUGGUGAAGAUCAGUUCCUAAAUGAUGUUAUCAUCGAUUUUUAUUUAAAAUACCUGCACCAACACUACCUGAGCGAGAAGGACCAGGCGCGCACUCACAUACUGAGCACAUUCUUCUACAAGCGACUGACGACCAAGCCGACCAGUACGCGCAAGUCGCACAACCCGGUCGAGAACGACCCGAAGGCCACGGCCGCCGAGAAGCGACACUCGCGCGUCAAGAGCUGGACCAAGUCGGUCGACAUAUUCAAAAAGGACUUCAUCAUCAUUCCCAUCAAUGAACAUUCUCACUGGUUCCUGGCGGUGAUUUGUUUCCCGGGUCUGACGGGUGCCGUGGACUUCGAGACCAAUCAACCACUGGAGGUGGCCGAGCCGGCAGCCAAACCCAAGCCAGCAGACGCCCCCGCCGACCCCAAAACACCAGCCAACAUAGACGGAAAGACCAGGUACAUAGGGUCGUGCACGAUCACAGCAGUGGAGGCAGGAGGCAGUGCGCAGGUGGGUGGAGAGGGGGCAGGGGUGACCCUGGAGGAUGAAGAUCGCGAUGAGGCCGAUGGAGACGAUGAAGACUUUGACCAGACGUCCAGUGAGGAGGAGGCUUCACCUUUACAGCAAGACGCAGAGAGUUCUCCAGUUAAAUCUGAAAUUGAUGAAAACAAAGAACCGGAGGAGAAUGUCGAGGAAGAUGUGCAACAACCUCCUCAAGCAGUCUGUAAUAAUGAAAAACUGAAACGAUCUAGAAAAAAAGAAGCAAGAUUGCCAAUCAAACAACCUUGCAUAUUGAUAUUCGACUCACUAGCGACGGCGAGCAGAGCAAAGGUAGUGGCCACAUUGCGCGAUUACCUCAAAGUGGAAUACAAGGUGAAGCACGGUGUGGAGCGACCGUUCACCAAAGACUACAUGAAAGGCGCCAGUCCCAAAGUACCUCAGCAGACCAACUACACUGAUUGCGGUCUCUAUGUUCUGCAGUAUGUCGAAGCGUUUUUCCAGGCGCCAAUUCCCGACUACCACAUCCCAAUAAAAAUGCUUCAGGAUUGGUUCGAGGUGGAUCUGGUGAGUCGAAAGCGGUACGACAUCCAACAGCUGUUGCAUAAGCUGAUGGGCGAACAGGGCAUCGACUUCAGCACGCUCAAUUUGCCCGAUUUGAAUUUGGCGCCAUUCCCUCAUGGCCUCGUCGACUAUCCCUCCUCGGACGAGAUGCUCGGAGAGGAGGAGGAGGUGGAGGACGAGGAGGUGGAAUACCAGGUGUAUGGCGAGGCAUACCAGGCCAUGUGCGAGGAAGCUCGCUUCAACGGGUAUCGCGACGAAGAGGUCGAUGAUGAAGAGGAGGAGGAUGAGGAGGAGGAGGAAGAGGAGGAGGAGAUGGAAGAAGGAGAAGAAGAACAGCGUGUGGAGGAGGAGGUGGUCGGCCACGAGGAGAUGGAGUGCGACGACAUGGAAAUUGGGGAGGAGGAGGAACUCGAGGACGAAGAAGACUGCGAAGAAGAAGAGGAUGAUGAGUGUUUGGGUGAAAUGUGUGACGACCAGGAUAUGGAAAAAGAACUGAUGCAAGAAAUGGUUCCUAAUGUGGUUGGACUGAAAUCAUUUAGGAUACCCAGGUUAAGCCAACGUGGUGGUGACGACAUGAAAACCCCUGCGCUCAGCAUCAUUAGGACGGGAUCAUCGAUUCCAGAACAAAACCACUGCUCAUCCAGUGACAACAAUCAAUAAACUCGUGUGUCAUACAAGAAAACAAACUUGUGUGAAUUAUUUCUUCUUGUGAAAGUAUUACCAAAGUAUGUUUAGUUGACAUGGACAUCCUAACAAUUUUAGUCGAACGAAGCUUGGAAUCCACGACCUGUCAAUGUUAGUGACAUUUGGUUUUACACUGUUUUAAUUCGAUUCGGUUAAUCGUUGAGUGAAACCUGUGAUUCAGGAGUAAUUACUUAAAUCCUGGUCCAGACGCUCAAACUUAUCGUCCACCGAUCUGUCGGACCUCUCUUCGGUUGUUGAACUAUAAGGUUUGAGCGUCUGGACCUAGGAUUCUUUUCUGCUAUAGUGUAUUUCAUUGCUAAAUAGACCUGGUCACCAUUAACAACUAUAAUUGUAAUUCAACAGCUAGCAAGGACUCUUCAGUCAUUAAAUACACAAUAGUAUUGUUUAGUCGAGUAAUGGGAGCAAAUCCAGAGUAAACUAGAGGGCUAACCAUUACUAGUUGGAAAUGAAUGUGGGGCAGUCAUUUGUGUCACUAAACGAUUAUCAGAAGCUUUGUUUUACAUAAUACGUAAGGAGAUGUGAAUAAAUCGUUGAGUUGUAUAUAUUUAUAUGCUUUUAAAAUUAUUGAUUUCUCUUGUGAUUUUUAUAUGAAAUUCGAUAUCUCUAAAUUAGCUGGACUAAAUUAGCUGUUGUUGAUAUUAAUCAAACGUUUUUAUAAUUGUACAAAAUCAUAUUCUUUAAUCGUGUUUCCCGGUGGUAUGCAACUUAUUUUUUGAUAAUAAAUGUGUUGUUUAUGUAACAAGUUAACUGUUACAACUGUGCUGUUUCAGGAUAUUAUAAAAGAAAAAUGCAUGAUUUCAGUUACUCAGCUAUUCCUUAUUAACAAAAUCUAGUAAAUUGUAUGUCUACCUUUUAUGUAGUCAUUCAUUCAUGGGAUUUCAUCUUGAUGACAUUUAUAUAGAUUUCUUUGAAAUGAAUGGAACUAUUCAGAUUUUGUUUGUAUGAUGAUUAAUUCAAUGAAAUAUGAUAAAUUUCCAAAUUGAGACGAUGACCUCCUUUAUUCUGAAAUAUUAUUCAUAUUUCAGACUACUUCUCUUUUCAAAUAGAUUUUCUGUUGAUAGAAAACUAUUGAGGACCUCUUAAUGUUUAUGAGUUGACAUUUUGCUCUCCCAAUUGUUUGUUAUCUACCUUGAGUCAUUUUUCAGCAUGAAUAUACAAGAAUUAUAUCCCACGUUUAGAGCUCGCAAAUUCGACUACUCUAAUAGCGGCUUCAAAUUAUAUAAAUAUUAGGAUUUAAUUUUUUAUUGGCUGAAAUAUUUCUUUUUUUCGCUUCAAUCUCUUACAUUUUUGCAAAAAUAUAGAAUUUAGGCGAUUGUUGGCAAAUCACUUUACCUGACCAUUGCUAUAAAGUCAAAAUUUCCUCCGAAUUGUUACAGCUCUCUGAUUUCGAGUGUGGUAGAUAUUGAACUUGAAAAUCGUUCAUUUAUUGACAAUUCAGGAUGAUUAAACAGAUAACUAAAUUAACACAACCAUUUAUUUAUUGAAAAUCCGAAACCGGCCAUCGGAACUAUUCUCUUGUUUUUCCAAUAAAUUUUGGUUGUGACAAUUUUAAGUCUUUUUAUUGAGCAUUUCUCUUCAAUAACUUGUCGACUUUUGUUCGGAAUACUGAAGAAUAGAAAAAAGUUAAGAAAACAGUCUGAAUGAGUAAUUUUCUACUAGAUUUUUUUUAUUAUAUGAGGUAUCCUUGAAAAGAGUUGGUUCUUAAAAACCAACAUAAUAAUGUAAAUAGUGUAAUAAUUCGCCGUCAGUGAAGAGUGUGUGAUUUUUUUUAUUCGCAUUUGGAAGAAUUAAUAAUAAUUAUUAUUAAUGUGUGAGAAUUCGGCCUGACAUGUGACUGACAUUUUUGUAUCUAUUCAUGUGUUGAUAUUUUACAAGAGAAAUUGUUGUUGAAGAAGUGUUGAUAUUAAUAUCAUUUUGGGAUUUCAUUAUUGAAAACCCAUUCCGCUCAAAAUUGAUUGGACUUUACUCAUACAGUCAAUAUGAGCGCUCUAAAAUUGAUAUCAGUUUCAAUGAAUGUUUGCGUAUAUGUUCCAAAUCUGUAUCCUAGUAAUAUUAAAAUUCAAUAUUGUAAUGUACAGUAAAUCUAUGCUCUAUCUGAAAUUCACGUUAGCUAUUUUCAAUUAAAAGUUCUGCCCCAUUAUUCUUUCAGCAUUUAUAAUUCAAUAAAUUAUAUUACGUUUGUUGUUGCUUUAGUCCAAUUACAAUGAUUCACUCAAGGUUUCAACUUAUUUUAAUGUUUUGAGUUAUAAUCACAAGAAUGAAUCUUAAUAAUUAUCGUUCCAAGUGAGAACAUCAUCUGUAUCCUGAUCCUCACAUUAUUAUAUUUUAUCAUUUUUUACGAUUAUGUAGGACCGUUUAUUUCUAGUACUCCAGCCUUCAUUUCAUUUUAGAAUAUGAAUGGUUAUUUAUACAUGUUAGGGAUUAUUUAUAAAAACCUUAGUUUAUUGAUAUACGGUGUAUAUAUAGUUUUCGUUGAUAAAUCAUUGAUUGUAUCGAUAGAUGUCAGUUGUAUGAACAAACAUUGGUACUAUUUUAUUUUCUUCGAUUGUGUAAAUAAAUUAUGAAAACGACA